AUGAAAGCUUUCUUGUCUAAUCAGAAAAUGAGCUUCCUUCUUCGUUCCUUCUGUUUCCUUUUUCUCGUUUCAAGUUUUCUAAACACGUUUGUUUCUUCUACACAACGUUUGUGUCAUCCCGACCAAAGGGAUGCUCUUCUUGAGUUCAAGAGUGAGUUUUUGAUCGAUUCAGAUGGGUCCUCUUUCCGGAAAACAGAAUCAUGGGUGAAUAAAAGUGAUUGUUGUUCUUGGGAUGGUAUCACCUGUGCUGCUAAGUCGGGCAAAGUGAUCGGGCUAGACCUUAGUUCCAGAAACCUCCAUGGCCCGCUUAAAUCCAAGAGCAGUCUAUUUAGACUGCGUUAUCUCCGUGAUUUGAACCUUGCUUACAACAACUUCACCGGUUCACCAAUCCCAGCUGAAUUUGGCAAACUCAUGGGGCUAAAAAGACUUAAUCUCUCCCAGUCUUCACUAUUAGACCAAAUUCCAAUCAACCUUCUUCAGCUAACCAAGUUGGUGUCUCUCGAUCUUUCGUCUUUUGAGUAUUAUGAUUCUUUAUUUUUAUCCAUUGAUGGAUCCUUUCUUCAUCUACUUGCUCAAAAUUUGAGGAAUCUUAGUGAACUGGAUUUGAGCGAUGUAAACAUUUCUUCAGAAAUCCCCCAAGAGUUUUCAAACCUGCGAUCUCUAAGGUUACUACAUCUUAGAAACUGCAACCUGUCUGGAGAAUUUCCAAGUAGUGUUCUUCUGAUACCGAGCUUAGAGUCCAUUAUAUUAAGGGACAAUGAAAAUCUUAGAGGCAAUCUUCCGGUUUUUGGUGAAAAUAACUCUUUAAUAGUGUUGUCUACUAAAAUGACAGCCUUUUCAGGCCCCAUACCCGACUCCAUUAGCAGCCUCAAACAUUUGACUUUUUUGUCCCUUUCCUUUUCUCAGUUCUCUGGGAAGAUUCCGUUUUCACUUGGGAACCUUUCUCAUCUCUCUAUUCUCGGUCUUAGUUAUAAUAAUUUUGUUGGUGAAAUCCCAUCUUCAAUUGGCAAUCUAAAACAAUUGACUGUUUUUGCUGUUGAGAAUAACAAACUCAGUGGAAAUUUGCCAUCUUCAAUUUGCAAUCUAAAACAAUUGACUGUUUUUGAUGUUAGCUCUAACAAGCUCAAUGGAAAUUUGCCAGUUUCGAUACUCAAUUUGACCCAACUACGUGAACUUGGGCUCUCUUCAAAUCAGUUCACAGGUUUCCUUCCACCAAACAUCAGCCAAUUCUCCAAAUUAGAGUCUUUUUCUGGUGGAGAUAAUUCUUUUACGGGAGCCAUUCUUUCAUCCCUACUCAAGAUUCCCUCAUUGACCCAAAUUUCUUUGAGUUAUAACAACGAAUUCAACGACUUUAAUGGGAUUGGGAAUAUCUCUUUCUUCUUGCCUAAUUUAGAAGGAUUUUUUAUUGAAAGUAGAAAUUACAAUAAAGUCAUCGGUCCAGGAGUUGACUUAAAUGUCUUCUCGCCUCUUAAGCAGCUUUACUCGUUAAUUCUCUCAGGCAUUCCUCUUUCAACAGCAAACAUCACUUCUGAUUCGGAUUUUCUACCAAAUUUGGCAUAUUUGAACUUGCUAGGCUGCAACAUCACUGAGUUCCCUGAGUUCAUAAGAUACGGAAGAGAACUACACAUACUAGACUUUUCCAACAACAAAAUCAAAGGUCAAGUACCAGACUGGUUGUGGAGACUGCCAAAGUUGUUCGAGGUGAAUCUCUCUAACAACUCUCUCAGCGGUUUUAAUGGAUCCUCAAAAGUUUUUCCUGAGAGUCAACUCACUCAUCUUUAUCUAAGCUCAAAUGAUUUCCAAGGACCACUCUUCAUCCCAUCCUCGAAGCAUCUCCGAUAUUUUUUGGGUUCUAAGAAUAACUUCACCGGGGAGAUCCCUCGAUCAGUAUGUGGACUAAGCUCUCUAGCAGUUCUAGAUCUAUCAGACAACAACCUCAAUGGCUCAAUUCCUUGGUGUUUAGAGACUCUCAUGAGUUCUCUUUCAGAUCUAAAUCUCCGUAACAACAGACUCAGCGGCAUUCUUCCCGAGAUAUUUCAGAAUGCCAAGAGCUUAAUAAUACUUGACGUCAGUCAAAACCGAUUAGAGGGAACAAUGCCUACUUCUCUUGUUGGUUGCUCUGCCUUGGAAGUUUUGAACGUUGCAAGCAACACUAUCACAGACAUGUUUCCCUUCCACUUGAAUUUUUUGCAGAAGCUUCAACUUCUCAUCCUCCGCUCUAACAAGUUUCAUGGCACAUUACAUAACGCCGAUGGGGUUUGGUUUGGGUUUCCUCAGUUGAAAAUCAUUGACGUAUCAUAUAAUGACUUCGUUGGUACAUUGCCAUCUGAUUACUUUUUGAACUGGACUGCAAUAUCUUCCAAGAGAGAUAAUAAUAUAGAACCAGAGUACAUCCAGAGUUCUUUAAGAUACUACUACUUUUCACUUGUCUUGAUAAGUAAAGGAGUGUCAAUGGAGAUGGAACGUAUCCUUACAAUCUACACGGCCAUCGAUUUUUCAGGAAAUCAACUCCAUGGACCGAUUCCUGAUUCCAUUGGUUUGCUGAAGGAGCUUCGUAUUCUCAACAUGUCAAGCAAUGCUUUUACGGGCCACAUCCCAUCUACUUUGGCAAACUUGACGAAUCUUGAGUCACUCGACCUAUCCCAAAACAAGAUUUCUGGUGAGAUUCCUCCUGAGCUUGGGGCACUCUCUUCUCUCGCGUGGAUAAACGUUUCACAUAACCAGCUUGUAGGUUCCAUACCACAAGGCACGCAAUUUCAACGACAAAAUUGCUCCUCCUACGAAGGAAACCCCGGACUUAAUGGUCCUUCCCUUAAGGAUGUUUGUAGAGAUAUCAAAACGCCAACCCCACCACAACCCGAACUGGUGGCGACAAAAGAAGAAGAAUCAUUCAGUUGGAACGCAGCAGGUUUAGGCUUUGCACCUGGAGUUGUAUUUGGGCUGGCGAUGGGAUACAUAGCAGUUUCAUACAAGCAUGAGUGGUGGUUCAUGAAGAGAUUUGGCCGAAACAAGCAACAAAGCAUCAGAACUCGUUAA